CUUAGUACACAUUCAGACUACACAGAACAUAUAUUAGUAAGCUAAAAAAAAAAAAAUUAAAAAUAUGGACUGCAAGGCUCCUGGACUGCUUGAAACUCCUAGUGAAUCGGAACUGACCCACUGCAGCAUCUCCGCUCUCGAUAACAUACCGAUCCAGGAAGAGGAGUGUCCAUCGGAGUUGGAAAUUUCAAAGACUUUGAAUAAACUGGAAAAGAUGAGAGAAAGGGUGCUAUAUAUGAAGAGCCUCCUAAUUCGUCCAGUACAAGUAAACAAAGCCGAAUGUCCUUCAGAAAGUGACCAGAUGAGACUGGACAUCGAGCAGUCUAGCUCGGACAACGACGAACUGAGAGUAGUACAACAGGACACAGUUCGAGCUUUACAGCAGAUCAUCGAAGUAAAUCGGCAACUCAAGGAGACAACUGACUCUCUGACUGGACUGGACGAGAAGGCAAGGAAAAACAUCCGAUGCAUCAGAAAGUUGUCCAAGAGGCUGCUCGAAGUGCCCAAGUGGAAGGAGGAACUGAAGCACAACACGGGAUUGUGUUUGGAGCGAUACAAUGACCUGGACAUUUCCCGAGGAAACUACCUCGACUACAGCGACAACUUCGUCCGACCCAUCCAAACCAACAUGAAGUUCUGUUUCGCAUCAAAGGCCCCUCUUAUAUGCAACAAGCAAGAUUAUAAUGACUUGGUAAACGCUUUGAGUAAGUCCCGGCGAACCCUACUGAAAUGCCACGAGGAGCUAAUGAAGUACACCCAGAAGGUGGACGAAGCGCUGACAUUGAAGAACUUUGAUACCAUGGUACUUCCAUCUAUAUCGGAGCUAUCGUUGCUGCUGGACAAGAGCUCCCAAGUGACCAAGCGCAGGAGCUCAACUGUCAAGGAGCGAAGAUCCUUCAAGUUCGCCUGGGCUGCUCCUUUGGCGAAGCAGGAAAAAUACACGCCCGCUGUCGAUAUUACCGAUUGAGAUAAUUAAAAACGCAGUCAACCACAAAAGCGCCAAUAUUGUAAUUUAAAGUGCCAUCCUAGUUUCGCAUUUUACGGGUGCAAAAAUGCGCAUAAUGAA